GACCCGCCUCCCGAAGCCCGCCCCUCCUGCCCUUCCACGCCGCUGGGCUGCACGGUCUCGUCGGUCCCCCUCCUCCUCCGCCCCGCUGUCCUGAUUGUCUCUCCCUCCUUCCCUCAGAGGAUGUCCUCCUUCCAGCUCAACCUCAACCCGCUCAAGGAGCCGCUCGGCUUCAUCAAGGUCCUCGAGUGGAUUGCUUCUAUCUUUGCUUUUGCCACCUGUGGAGGUUUUAAGGGCAAAACAGAAAUUCUAGUGGGUUGUCCUAAAGAAAGUCAUGACAAUAAAACGAUUACAGCUUCCUUUGGUUAUCCGUUCAGGUUGAAUGAAGCAUCGUUUAAGGCAUUACCAGAUGUAAAUGUGUGUGGUAUAGAUUGGAAAACUCAAGUCCUUAUUGGGGAUUACUCUUCUUCUGCGCAAUUCUACGUGACGUUUGCAGUUUUUAUCUUCCUGUACUGCAUUGCUGCUCUUCUGCUCUAUGUUGGUUACACAAACCUGUAUCGGGAUAGUCGCAAACUUACCAUGGUUGACUUCGUUGUUACUCUCGUGGCCACUUUCUUGUGGCUGGUGAGCACUUCAGCCUGGGCCAAAGCUCUUACGGACAUAAAAGUAGCCACAGGUCACAAUAUCAUCCAGGAGCUCACACCUUGUAAACAUGGGGUGACGUGUUCUUUUGGCUCUGUGACUAGUAUGGGAUCCCUAAAUGUAUCCGUGAUCUUUGGCUUUCUGAAUAUGAUACUUUGGGGAGGAAAUGCAUGGUUUGUGUACAAGGAGACCAGCUUACACAGCCCAUCAAAUACUUCUGCUUCCCAUACCCAAGGAGGUAUUUCACCUCCUACCGGAAUGUAACUAAAGGGAGAAGUACACUGUAUGAAACAUGUUUAUACUUUGCCAACAUCUUGAGAAGCAUUAUUUGUUUCUAAUAAAAGUAAUGGCAGUUUCAGUAAAUUGGUGGGUUUAAAAUUUUGCUGCUUUUUUACAUAAAGCCUGUGCCUCUCCUGGAAAUUGAAGAUGUAAAUGUAUUCUCACAUGUAAGUUUGAAAAUUCAGGGGCCUAUUAUAAGAUGAUGCACAUUUUUAAAUGAAUGAUAAUUUCUUCACUAAGUUGUUUGCCUUCCAAAGUGUUUACACCUUAAGCCUUAACAUAUAUCUUCACUCAGAAAAGAGUUAUAUUGUCAUAUAAUAGGAAGAAAAUCUGUAUUUGGAAUAUAUACACUUCUGUAAGUUUGUACAGAUCAUAUACCUAAGACCUGUCUUAAAGAAAGCCUUGAUUACAUAAGUCAUAUUUAGAAAAAACAUUUAGUUCAGAAUUUAUAUCUGAACAUUGUUUAUAUGUUAUGAAAAGUUUUUAAUGGCAAAGACUGGGUGUAUGUUUUAUUUCUGUUUUUCUAAAUGACCUACAGUACUUAAUAGGUGUGCUAAAGUUGUUUGGGGAGUGGGGUUAAAAUUUUCUGAUAGAUGUAUAGGUAAUUUAGUAAUUCCAUCUCAUGAGAUGUAAGCUUCCAUUAUGCUGGUUGUUUAGUAGACUUGCUAUAUCAGUAGAAAGAACAUGGUUCAACUAGAUUUUUGAUAUGUAUGGGCAUUAUUCUUAGUAAUAGUUGUUUGCUGUCCUCUGUUGGUCUUACCUCUUAAGUGCCAGCUGAGACCUAGUGUCCUUGCAAGUAGAGUAAAAUAUAACCCACCGUUUUUUUUUUGCAGACUGUAUUCAGAGAGUUAAAAAAAAUUAAGAUUGCGUUUUACUUUUGAAACAUUUAAGACUUAAGAUUCAAUGAAGUUGCUAUUUUGAGUUGAGCAUUGAUAGUGUGAAAAUAAAUGAGAUUCGGAUUUCGUGUUUCUUAACGUUCAUUCUUAUUUCACAAAUGGAUUAAGGAAUUAUGCAUCAUAAACAAGGAGCCUAAGUAGCUUUAUUAUGGGUGUACUGUCUUUGCAUACACAUUAGGUAUGUUCUGAAUGCAGGGCUUAUUCACAUUUUGCUUUCUAAUGUUUUUGUUGUACAGAGCCAGAUAUCCUACUCUUAACCACAUGAUUGUUCAUAUGUGAAGCACAUCUUGCUAGUGCCUUAUUUUUGUUGAUUUUGUUUAUGACAAGAAUUGUCAGUAUGAGACUGUAUAUCUUUUAUGCAACCAACUUAAUAAAGAAGUUAAAAGAAA